AUGAAUUCAGAAGAAAGUAAAAUUCCUUUACUCCAGGCUGAUUACUUAAAUAACGAUGACAUUGUUGAUAGUGUAGUUACUAAUAGUGAAACAGACUUACUACUAAUUUCUCAUUUUAAAACCAAUUUUCCUGAGAAACGUCAAGUAAUGGUAUUUAAAGAAAAACAACCAGCAGUCGUUACCUUGUUACCUGAAUUAUGUGAUGUUAUUUUUCUUGUGGGUAAAAAUAAAAUGCCAGUGUUUGCCGUCAAAUCAAUAAUCAUCUCCCAGUCAAGAGUGCUUUAUCAGAUGUUACUUGAUAACAAAAGAGAAAAAACUGGUAGUAAAAGACCACCAAACGCUAGUAAAGCAAGAGUUAUGUUACCUGAUUAUCAUCCCAAUGUUAUACAAAAAUUGAUAGACUUUCUACAUUCUGGUAAAUUGCGAUUAACAACUCGAAAUAUAGUAGGUUUAUAUUGUGCUGCAGUUGAAUUUGAUGUACUGGAAGUGCGCAGAGUGUGUAGUCACUAUCUAAAUAGUUUAAAACCUCACCAAAUACCACACGUUAAGCUGAGCUUAUAUUCUUAUGGAUGUAAACCGGGUGUGAAAUAUAUUCUUAAUAUUCUAAACUGGACAAAAAGAUGCCAAAUUUCAAUUCAACGAGCAAGUUAA